AUGGAAGAUACCAUCCACUCGGGAUUGAUUGUACAAGGACUGGUUGACGUGGGGACUACGAUCGUGCCAGCUGCGUUCCAUGUCCAGAUGGUCGGAGCCUUGCAAGGGAAUAGUGCCGACGCAGCCUACUUCCUUAUAGCGGAUCGCACACACGAGACAGAUUUGGCCGGCCAUGGGUGCACCACAGAUGAUAGGUUUGUUCAAGCGGAGUUUCUUGACGAGAGCCGCGAUGCAACCGAUGUAGGAGUCUUCGGUGUUGGUGUGGCUGCCAGGAUGAUAACCUUCGUAGGGGGAGGAACGUUUGUGGGCCUGGAGUACAUAGUAGAUGGUCAACAACAACAACAACAACAACAACAACAUCCAGAAUGCACAGCAGGUGCAGAACUCGACUCGAACCGCGCCGUUAUGCUAAGCUACCUCUAUCGAAAGCAGUCAUGCGACACUUCUUUCUCAUGCGCCCAUUAUUCACCACGCUAUGGUAUUGUCGCCAUCGGAGCCAGCAGUGUAAAAGAACUCGAGCACUCUUCGCCAGAUACAAUCUCGGCAGAACUCAGUUGCAUAAUCGCGGCCCUACAACGGAUAACUGGGAAUUCUGCCAAGUCGUUAAUCGGCUCUGUCAGCGGUGGAACAGUUCAAGACAGGUUCUUCAAACUCGACUACGAACGGGGCCCUUUCGUAUCUAUCCGCGACUUCAUCGACUGGAUCUUUGUAGCAGCCACUCGCCAACAGUCCACGACAAAUGUGACGGGGGUCGAAGGAGUAUAUCGCGAUUUAUUGCCCGACCACGGGAACGUCUUCUUCACACACGGCGACCUUACCUUGGGCAAGAUUAUCCUUUCGACGACGAUACCCGGUUCGCCAACUAAAAUCGUAGGCAUUAUUGAUUGGGAGCAAGCCGGUUGGUAUCCAGAGUACUGGGAGUACUGCAAGUUGCUGGAGGACGGAGGGUUGGGCUAA